UAUCUAUUUUUUUUGUACUAUAAAAUAACAUCCAAAGUACCUCUCUUCUAUUAAACAAAAAAGCUAAAGUCUUGUUAAUUUGCAACCCAUUCGUUCAAUUAAUUUCAGCUCCUUUCAUUUAGCUAGAAACCAUAAAAUCAAGAAACAAACUUUUUUUUUUUGUUAUUGUUGUUGUUGUUGUUUUAGUGAUGAUGGAAAAGUUACCAGAUAGAUUUUCUAGGUAUAUCAAUAAUAGAUGGCUAGUUUUUAUGGCUGCAAUGUGAAUACAAUCAUGUGCAGGAAUUGGUUAUUUAUUUAGUAGUAUAUCACCUGUUAUAAAGAGCUCAUUGAACUACAAUCAAAGGCAGCUUGCAAGUUUAGGUGUUGCUAAAGAUCUUGGUGAUAGUGUUGGUUUCUUCGCCGGUAGUUUAUCAGAAAUCUUGCCUUUAUGGGGUGCUUUGUUAGUUGGUGCUUUGCAUAAUCUUGUUUGAUAUGGUUGGGUUUGGCUUGUGGUAAUAGGUAGAGCUCCUGUUUUGCUAUUAUGGGCUAUGUGCAUUCUUAUAUUUAUGGGGAACAAUGGCUAAACCUACAUCAACACUGCUGCUCUAGUUUCUUGUGUGCAAAACUUUCCAAAGAGCCGUGGUCCUGUUGUGGGAAUACAAAAAGGCUUUGCAGGAUUAAGUGGUGCAAUUUUGACCCAAAUGUAUACAAUGAUCCAUUCCCCUGAUCAUGCAUCUCUCAUUUUUAUGGUUGCAGUUGGGCCUGCAAUGGUAGUCAUUGCUCUAAUGUUCAUUGUCAGACCAGUUGGAGGUCACAGACAAGUUCGACCAUCAGAUGGAACAGGUUUUACACUUGUAUAUAGUGUCUGCCUUCUACUAGCUGCAUACUUGAUGGGGGUUAUGCUUCUUGAAGAUCUAGUUGAUUUGCGUCGCAUUUUGGUUGUAAUUUUUACAAUAGUUUUAUUUGUCCUCCUUUUGAUUCCUAUUGUGAUUCCUGUGUCAUUGAGUUUUUUCCUUGAUCCAAGAGGUCCAGCAGAAGAGCCCCUUCUACCCGAGCCACCGAAACAAGAACCUGGCAAAUCGGGGCAGGAGAUCCCUGAGUUAAUAUUCAGCGAGGUUGAAGAUGAAAAACCCAAGGAAGUAGAUUUGUUACCAGCAUCAGAGAGACAAAAACGAAUUGCACAACUGCAAGCAAAACUGUUCCACGCAGCUGCGGAAGGAGCAGUGAGGGUUAAGAGGAGGAGAGGUCCACACAGGGAUGAGGAUUUCACCUUGAUGCAAGCAUUGAUCAAGGCAGACUUUUGGCUUAUCUUUUUCUCACUUCUAUUGGGAUCUGGUUCUGGACUGACAGUGAUUGAUAACCUUGGUCAGAUGAGCCAGUCUCUAGGGUAUGAUAAUCCACAUAUAUUUGUGUCUCUGAUUAGCAUUUGGAACUUCCUUGGCCGUGUUCGUGGGGGUUGCUUCUCUGAGAUUAUUGUCAGGGACUAUGCUUAUCCAAGGCCAGUGGCAAUGGCCAUUGCUCAACUUGUUAUGGCAGUUGGGCAUGUCUUCUUUGCAUUUGGAUGGCCCGGAGCGAUGUAUAUUGGUACCCUGUUGAUUGGACUCGGCUAUGGAGCUCAUUGGGCAAUUGUGCCAGCUGCUGCCUCCGAGUUGUUUGGUUUGAAAAAAUUCGGGGCUUUGUACAAUUUCCUUACGCUGGCAAAUCCCGCAGGUUCACUUGUCUUUUCUGGUCUAAUUGCAAGUAGCAUAUAUGACCGUGAAGCUGAAAGGCAAGAUCAUGGAAACAAUUACCACAUUCACAAUGGAGGCUCAUUUUUUUCAGGCAUGUUGGGUCUGAAUGAACCUUCAAAGUGUGAAGGUUCUAUAUGCUUCUUCCUUACUUCUAUGAUCAUGUCAGGAUUUUGCGUUGUUGCUGUUGUCUUGAGCAUGAUUCUUGUGCAUCGAACUAGGAUUGUCUAUGCAAACCUCUAUGGAAAAUCACGCAGUUGACUUCCAUUUUUAUGAUAGUGUUUGUGUAUUCAGACCAAGGUUUUGAUGGAUUUCUUCAUGUUCGUGGCAACACAUUGCCAGAGAGCCGGCAGAGUCAAGUACACGACAGGAAACUCUCAAGUACUAUAAUAUUUCUAAUGGAUUCUAUGUUAUUUUCUCUGAUUUA